CCCAUCGUGCGAGUACGUUUUAGUGUUAGCGUGAGUAACGUCUUUCCCACGUGUCCUAGGAGCUUUAUUGAAACAAAGUGAUCUGUUCAACGGUGCUUACCAGUUUUACUGAUUUGCAUUGUAAGAGAGUUCUUACACUGGUUUUAAGUAACGAAUAUGUCGGCUGGUGAAGGCAUUGAACUGAGGCAGCAUCCAGAGGAGACCGAAGUUCCUCUUCAUCCACACUGGCGGAGAAUCUUCAACAAGUAUGAUUUGAAUAAUGAUGGGCGAAUAUCGCUCACAGAGCUGAAGAAUAUCAUCAGAAGUGCAUCAUAUGAAAGAGAUAUUCCUGAUGUUGCUGUUAAAGAAAUUCUGAGAAAAGCUGAUCAGGACCAGAAUGGCUACUUGGAGUGGGAUGAGUUUGUGCGAUUGGUGCACAUGAAAGAAUACAGAAGCUUGUUUGCAGCUGUACUUGGCAAAUAUAUCCGUGCAACUGUAGUUCCACGCCACAGAUUAUACGAAGUUGAUGUAGUAGAUGGUACUGGGGAAUAUGAGGAGCAGUACAGUUGUUGGCCACCAGCUGUUGCCAUGAUCUUUAUCAGUAUUGUAGAGGUUAUAACAUUUCUCUGGGAUGUUAUUGCUGUGGGAACUAUGGCAGCAAAUGGCCCUGCUGCUACUGCUCUUAUGUAUAAUCCUCAUAAGAGAUAUGAAGCAUGGCGUUACAUUACAUACAUGUUUGUUCACGUUGGUGCAUUUCACUUGGUAGUAAACUUGCUGGUCCAAAUACUUCUUGGAAUACCAUUAGAAAUGGUGCACCGAGGCUGGAGAGUUCUAAUAGUGUACUUCGCAGGAGUAGUUGCUGGUUCCUUGGGAACCUCAAUAUCUGAUCCCAAUGUAUACUUAGCUGGUGCUUCAGGAGGUGUAUAUGCUAUCAUCACAGCCCAUGUGGCCACAAUUAUAAUGAACUGGAGUGAGAUGAAACUCGCAAUUCUGCAAGCUCUGGUAUUUUUUAUACUAGCUGCAAGUGAUAUUGGAUCUGCCAUAUACAAUCGUUACGUCCUUAAGGAAGCAACACAGAUUGGAUAUGCAGCCCAUAUUGCUGGUGCUAUUGCUGGAUUACUUGUUGGUGUCAACAUUUUGCGCAACCUUCAAGUGAAGCCGUGGGAGAAAGUUCUUCGGUGGACAUGUUUUGUCCUUUAUUUUAUUCUGAUGAUUGGUGCUAUUAUCUGGAAUGCAGCAUUUCCUGACUACUUCCCUGUGUCUUAUUAUAGAAAUUAGUGCUUUACUAUUAAAAUUUUUGAAGAAAAUUAAGGGUUUUUUGAUACACAAACUUAUAUUAAAAGACGCUGUUUUUUCCACUACAGUUUUUCUACCACAGUCUCAGAAUUAAAAUUCAUAACAACUGGAAUUUUUAUGAGUGUAUGCAGACUGUAUCAAGACUAUCAUGUGCAUAUCCCCAAUACCCUAGGUUAUUGUCAAAUUUUAUUGUUGGUACAAAUGAAAUGACACAGCCACAAAUAACUGUUAAUGCUUGAUGACCUCUGUUCCACAGGCAUGGUUUUACAAAGCGUCCAUUAUAAUAAUUUUAUUCAACUUUGAAAGAUUGUCUAGUAAGCAGUGAACAGAAUUUACAUUUGUAACAUGUUUCCCAAUGUCGUUCAAUUAAGUUCCAUGACAGGUCUGUGAUUACAUCUGUUUUUAUAUUAGAGCUCAUUUAUUUGCCAGAAUAUAAAAACAGUCAUAAGAAAAUCCUUGAGCUACUAUGACAUUAUCUGAUAGCACAUUUUCAUCACAAGAAUAUGUACUGGUCAUCAAAUUUCUUUAAAUUAUUUUUUGAAAAGUAUUUAACUGUGCUGCUAGAGUGUGCAAAUGACUUGUGAAAUUAAAAUGUAUGAAUUUUGGAUUCCUCACGUAACCUGGAAGAGUGAAAUGAUUGAUUAUGGUGCAUUCAUUUUUGUACUCUUUACAUGCAUGUACGGCAUUGUCUAGAUAAUUGGUGUACAUGUCCUGCAGGUGUGUUGACAUUAAGUACUGUAUUCAAACUGUGCAUGCUUCUACAAGUGGGUAGUCAUAAUUGACAUUUGAAUAGUGUGAAUCUAGAUUAUAAUUUUUAGUGGCUUUCGAAGCAUGACAGUUUGUUAAACAUAUCUUACACUGGAAUUCAUUUCUGAUGUACGCUCUGCCACCCCUCUUGUACCUGUGUUAUUGGUUAUUCAUUUUGUGAAAUAUUUUCAUAAUUUGUUUUGUGGAUUCAGUGUUUUACCUAUAAUUUAUA